GUCGGUUUGUGUGUGCGCAGAAAUCAAUGAUAAUUUUCCCAAGUCAUGCGUGCUCCGGAAAUGGAGACAGGUGUAUUUGUAAGUCAAUAAGAUUUAAGAAAUUUAAUUUUCGCUUGGUGACAGUGUUUUUUAUGUCUUCAGAGCAGUGAUAAAAAUAGUUGUUUUAAAUUAGAUCUUCACUUGCUGGUGUAAAAAUGAUCUUUAACCAUAGUGCAUUUAUACAGUUAUUUUGUGAAAUCAGUAACAAUUUACUACAUAUGCUACAUAUUGCUAUUACUAAUUUCCCCAGUAGGCUACUUUAAUUGUUAACUAAAAUUGCUUCCGAAACAGACACUGAUUUAACACGAAAAAUGGAUGAAAAUUUGAGCAGAGGUUAUAUACAGCUUGGGAAAGCUAGGGGUGCCAAUGACUUCCGAUUUACCAACGGGUUUAGUCAUCUGUCCCCUCCAGUUGACAAAUUUAAUGGCAUUUAUUUGUCUUUGGUACUUGCCGGUGUUGGUUUUCUCUUACCAUAUAACAGUUUCAUCAUUGCAGUGGACUAUUUCCAAGCACAAUAUCCAAACAGUACAAUAGUUUUUGACAUGUCCCUGGUGUACAUUGUCAUGGCGUUUUUUGCUGUCCUCGCCAACAACAUUCUUGUUGAAACUCUGUCCCUCAAUACUCGAAUCACUUUUGGAUAUGUGGUGUCUUUUUUUACAUUGUUGUUUGUGGCAACUUGUGAGAUUUGGUGGGAGAUAUUUGGAUCAGGUACCUCAUACACCAUCAACUUGAUAGCUGUGGCAGUUGUAGCUCUAGGAUGCACUGUUCAGCAAUCCAGUUUCUAUGGGUACACAAGCAUGCUACCCAGCCGAUACACCCAGGCAGUCAUGGCAGGGGAAAGUGGUGCCGGGUUCCUGGUAUCGGCAAACCGUAUCCUCACCAAGAUGGUGAUGGACGAUCAACGAGCCAACACUCUAAUCUUCUUUGGGGUGUCUGUGAUGAUGGUUGCUCUGUGCUUCUGUCUACACCAGAUGGUGAGACGGACAGACUUUGUCCAGUUUUACCUCACGCUGUGUCGUGAGUCACGUAGGAUUACGCUGGAGCCUACAGAAGACGCAGGAUUGAUGGAUCCAUUGGAUCAAGUGGAAGGCGCGUCUAAGAGUCAAUACGGAGUGUUGAAACUUCAGCCGCAGAGUCCCAUGGAUGCUGCAAGUGGACAGCACUUCAGUUUUGCCAACCCGGUGUAUGAGCCCAGUGGUACCAAUCCCGUGGGGCCGUCGUACAAGGUGGAAGAUGUGGUCGUCCGCAUGAGAAGCACGACAGGCUCUGGUUCUUACAGGAGGACCAACUCUACCAGAGCUUGGGCGGCCAUUAAAAAGGGAUUGGUAGCAAGGUGGGAGGUUGCACGUAACGUGUGGCACUACAUGCUGUCGAUUGCACUGGCGUACUUCGUCACACUCUGUCUCUACCCGGGGAUCGAGUCGGAGAUUGUGAGCUGUAAGUUCGGUAACUGGAUGCCUGUCAUACUCAUGGCUGGGUUCAACGCUGCAGACCUAAUGGGGAAAGUGGUGGCGUCAGUGCCGUAUGAGUGGUCACGUUCCCAGCUGCUAGUGUUUGCCAGCCUGCGUGCCGUCCUCAUUCCCCUGCUAGUGCUGUGCGCCACACCCCGCGGGUCACCCGUCAUCCCAGGGGAGGGAUAUCCCCUCUUGUUCUCACUACUGCUUGGCCUCACCAACGGCCUCGUGGGGAGUGUGCCCAUGAUUCAAGCACCCAGCAGAGUCAGUGAGGAACAUCGCGAACUUACUGGAAACAUAAUGACACUAUCCUACAACGUUGGCUUGACUGGGGGCUCUUUAGUAGCGUAUGUCCUGGACGCUAUGUUGGGCCCUCCUCUGGUAGCUCCUUGCCGAGCUCCUCCCCGAUACUUCACCCCCAACCCCCGCACCAUGCUGGCCAACCUGACAACACCGUACACCACAGUGGCUGCCACCACAGCUGUUACAGUGGCUACAGUGUUGACCACUUCACCGACCACACUCACCAGUCUAGCCAACCCGACAACACUCAGCAACCUUACAUUAGCUCUCUACAAUGUCACUACCAUGCAUUAGGUCGUCUAAGAUUUAACUUUAAGAUAGAUUUUCUGUGAUCUGAAUGCUAAGUUUGAUUUUACAGUACUUCUCAUUUUUGAUGUUUAUUUAUAGUGGGUUAGGAAGAUUGAGAAAUUGACUUUGGAUACAGUUAGAAUCAUCUUCUUGUAUAGUCUGAAGCCUCUUUUGAUAUGUUUCGUUUCCGGUAUUAUUAAGGGUGUUGAGGUCAAAUAAGUUUACUAUGUUAGAGUAAAUUUUACACAACGUGCUUUACUAUUUAUUUUCCAAUACAAAAAUGCACGCUGCAUUGUUUUUGGUUAAUGUAGUUUUAAAGUUAAUGAAAUAAUGAAAGUAAACAGUAACUAGACAGUAAACAGUGAAGGAAUGGGAGUACUGGCCGUUCGACCGUGAGAACCGAGAUAGUACGGAUAGAAUUCCGACUGGCUGCUGAGGCCACUCCGGCUGACCUUCCAACCGCAAAGGGUUAAAUGUUGCUUUUAAAAAUUCUCUGUCCGAAAAUAUCUGUACUAAACCACAUUGGUUGUAACUGUUACUUUUUUUACGGUUUAGGAAGAUUCAAUUUCUAUAUUUUCUCAAACAAUUCCUAUGGUUUUUCUGAAUGUGGUUUAUAUACUUUUUCAUAAUUAUUUUCACUUCUACAUUAACUUAUGUAUGAAAUUUUAUUAUGGUAGAACCCCUCAUAUCUGACCUCGGAAUAAGCGACUCCUCGGGAUAUCCAACCUAAUGUUUGACCGUCUACAUGUUUCCUGGCUGGGGCGAUAAUGCCGAGCGUGAUCGGUUGGCCGAAAGGCCAAUCGCGGAUGUUGCCAUAAUUGGGGUAGACGAUCACUACUGAUACCGAUAACUGGUGUUACCGCCGUCGUGAGAGACAAUCACCGAAGUCGCUAAGACUGUAAGGUACGCUCACGGGUGUUGUAACGGUCGCCGGAGACGAUUGCCAAUGUUGCUGAGACUGCAAGUUAUGCUCACGUCUGUUGCCACGGUCGGGGGAGACGAUUACUGAUGUCACGGAGACUGUAGGUUAUGCUCCUCCCGAUAUCUGACCUUUUUGCCGUUCCGUUCCGACCAUGGCUUGAUCCGUCAUGGUCGAAUAUGAGGGGUUCUACUGUACGUCUAACUUCUUAUAUACAAAUAUAGCUUUAAGUAGAAUAGGUAGUGAAUAGCUGGCAAUUAAUUUAUGUCAGUAUAAUUAUAGCAUCUGUUGAUGUCAGUUGUUUUUAUAUAGGUGUAUAACAAGCUUUGCGGCUUGAAGCGAUUUUUGCUGUUUCGUUUAAUGUAAAUUCACUGUGAUAUAACCAAAUUCUCAUUUACUUCUUGGUAUUAAUGGAUUUAGAGUUCCUUAUUGCUGCAUUGGCGCCUUAUAAAGGUACACCUUAUACAGGGUUAUCAGUUUGACAUGCAUAAUUUUAUAAACAUUUUUUAUUCCAACACGAUUUGUGAAUUUCCUUUUAACUUUCUAUAUUAAUCUGUAUGGUAAUCUGGAUUUUUUAGAUUAGUUUGUUUUGUUGGUAUUAUUAUUAAAUUGAUGAGAUAGAUAUUAAGUCAACCGAACUAGCUAUAGAUAUAUAUUGAAGGCAGUUUUCCUGAGCAAAAUCCAAGUUAGGGUGGUCCAUAAUAACCGCUAACCUUUUGUUUUGUGACGGCUCAGCUAAUUUAUGGGUUAGAGGGAUCAUUUUUGCGUUGAAUGUUUCCUUAAUUAAUAGCAUUAUUUGUAAUUAUAAGUUAUUCAAACUAUUCAAUAUGAAAUAUGAGUAAAACUCAAACUCAUGAAUUUCUUUGAUUACAGUAAACUGUAAUUGUUAUUUUACACAUCGUUGUUUUAUUUAUUACCUCACAUCCGCCAAAGAAAAAUUGCAUACAUUUCACACAUUAGGCAAUUUAUUUUUUAUGCUAUCUCCAUUAGAAAAGUUGAAUAGUAUGUACAACUUAGAAUUACAAAAAAUUCUAUUAAUUAAGCCACAAUUCAACCCAAAAAACAAAUUUUUAACCCAUGAAUUAGCUCAGCUGUCACAAAACAAAGUGUUAGUGGUUAUUACGGACCACCCGGGUAGACAUCCUGUUUGCGAUGAGAACAAAUUGUGUAAAAAUGUUAUUUUCUAUUUAUUACGAUAAAACAUUAUAGUGAUGAUGUAAGAACCGUAAUCAUUUAACACCUAAAGAAGUAACCUUUACCAAAUUGUAUUGAAAUCAGUUUUGAUCGUAUUUGCAUGUAAUAUGAAUGUACAGUAAAAUAAAGUUUUAUUAGCGCCAUUAGCGGGUUUCUUUCAUUUGAAUCUAACUACUAUUUUUGAAUGAAAGUUGUUUGAAGGUGUCGUCUUCUUUAUGUUUUAAAAUACAUUCAAAUAUCUUUUGCUUUAAGUCCUCACAACAGUAUUAACAACCUGAAAAGCUUGUUUUUGUUAAAGAUUCAACCAUGCACUAAUGCCACCUUCAGAUAUCUAUCUAUAGCUCAAUCAUUUGUAUGUACGAUUUAAUUGUUAUUGUUAGGUAAUACAUUUGACCUUUUAUUUUAAAAACUCACUUUUAUUAAAUUAUUUACAAAGUUUAAAAAAUCGUUUACUUGCAUAAAUAACAGUUGUUAGAUUUGAUCUUGUGCUUUAUAUAUAUUGUGAAGUGCAGGUAACAUAAACAUAUAAAUUUUUGGACACACCUUAAAAAAACCGUUUUGGAUUCAACUUUAAUUUAAAUGUAACUUUACAAAACCACUAAGAAUGUCCAUGUGGUGUUGAUAAAAUGUAAAAUAAUAAAUUGCACACUUUUUGUCCGAACACUGUAUUUUAGCAAUAUUUUCUAACUAGGGUAGAAUAGCGUAUAACACUUUCUAUGGGCGUUUCAGUUCUGUUAAGUUUUUAGAAUAGUAUUUGGCAGAUGAUCUCUUUGACAUUUGUCUGUUAUGCUUCCAAUAUAUCUAUUUCACAAACUUUGCUGCGAUAGUAAAUAUUAGUGGAUGAAAUUUGGAAUCCGCAAUGUAUUAAAUUACCUAAGAUUACCAAAUUUUGUUGCUUACCUUCACAGUUUUAGUGUUAAACUAUUCGGUUAUUGUAGUCUAAUGAAUUAUAUGAUGUCAUGUAAGAUAUUUUCUCAAAUUAUGUAUUUUCAUUUAUUUGUCGAUAAUGUUUGAUUAUUACAUAAUCUAUGUACACUGUUUGUAUCUAAUACUCAUGUUUUAGUUUUUAAAUAUAUGUAACAUAUCAAAACAAUAAAAAAAUUCUUUACGUUUUGUUUGAGAUGUUUAAAACUCUGUGUAUUUUAAGACAUGUACAGGUGUAGUGGUUGUGUACCAUAAAUUAUACAAAGUUUAAUGUUUUAAUGUUGAUGUGUACAUUAAAUGUAUAUUCCCUUUAUUGUUAUACACAGUUGAUUAAUUGGAAACAUGAAGGCUGGAUAAUUUGAGA